AUGAAAACAUUGUGGGAGUGCAAAUAUUUCGAACCUAUUUCUUAUGGAGAACUUUUCACAUAUACUACUGACUUAUAUAAACAGAACCUUGCACCAUUUAAAGACUUGUCAUAUGCUCCAAAGUAUUGUGUACAACUGAAGAAGAAAGCCGAGUCAAAAGAAGUAAAUAAAAAUAAGUGCAAGUUCAUUCCUGAGCACGUUUUCUUUGCUGACUUUGAGUGCAGUACCGAUGGCUUUCAUAAAGCUUUUAACAUAUGUUACGACAGUGAAGAUGGUUCAGUGAGUGAAAGCAUUUGGGGUCAGAACUGUGCAACAGAAUUUUUGGAACGACUUCCUGACAAGAGUUUAAUAUAUUUCCAUAACCUCAGUUAUGAUAUAAACUUCAUCUUAAGACACAUGACAGAAGUGAAAGGAAAUCCCAUCAUUAAAGGUUCACGAACAAUGCAAAUAACUGGCUUAUAUAAAGGAAGGGCAAUUAUUAUAAAAGACUCAUACACUGCUAUAAAUAAGAAGCUUAAACUAUUUCCUGCUAUGUUUAACUUACAAACAGGACCGAAAGAAGUAUUUCCAUACAACUACUACAGCAGUGUUUUGUUAGCAAAUGACAACAGAACUGGUGUCAUUUCUGAAGCAUGUAAGUUUAUCCGGGAUGCAGAUACAUUCAUGAAAAACAUAGAUUCCAUCAAAGGUUGCAGAAUAGAUGAGAACCACUUCGACUUAGAAAAGUAUAGCACAUUUUAUUGCAAUCAAGAUGUAAGAAUUUUAAGAGAAGGUUUUGUUAAGUUCCGCAAUGAUAUAUUGAAAGAAUUUGAUUUAAACGUUUAUGACUACGUUAGUAUUUGUUCAAUUGCUAACAAAUUAUUUGAGAACAGAGUGUACUUCCCGAAUGGAAAUUUAUAUGACCUCUCAAAUAAACCAAGAGAAUUUAUUUCACGCUGUAUUCAAGGUGGAAGAUGUAUGCUGUCAGAUAACAUUAAACAAAAGAGCGAAAAGAAACUCAUUGCUGACUUCGACGCUGUUUCAUUAUAUCCAUCAGCUAUAGCAAGACUUUAUACUUUAGAAGGUAUACCGAAAGUAUUGAAGAAAGAAAUGUUAAGCACAGAGUAUCUCAUGAGACAUUUAUUCGAUGACGACCAAAAGGAACCCAUUGGUGAAAAGUUUAUGUCUGGCUUCUUUGUUCUCAUUAAGAUAACAGAGAUUGGAAUACAUAGACACUUUCCUUUAAUAGUUUGUGACCCUGAACUAAAUCCAGAACUUAACGUUCCCAGAAGUUCAAACACUUGCUGUUUAAUGUAUGUUGACCAUAUAACAUUACAAGACCUCAUAAAAUAUCAAG